CACGCUUUUAAACAUAUCUAGGUGGCAUAGUACAAACAUCACCAUGGCUUAGCGAUAAUCGUGAGAACUUUGAAUAGCGAAGUUACUCUCGUAUUGAACCUGGGAGCAGCUAGAUAGCUGGUUAGCUAGUAGCAAGAGAUGCAUAAGUAACCAGUUAAGCGCUUAAGUGAGCUGCCCAGGCAGCUGAAUGUAGCUAGCCAACUUUAUUGUUUUUGUUUGUGACUGCUACGUUUUGCGAAGAUGUAACAUAGACAUGACGUGUUUAAAUAUUAUCAGCAUAUCAUAAUUUUGGCAGUUUUGAUUAAGAUAUUGACAUGGCCAUCCAGACGACUUGAUGACAAAUAACGUUACAGUGUGACAUGGAAUAACCAGUUCUGAGCGCGCUUAAAGGAUUUGUUAGCCAAGUAGCUGGAAUGCUAACGUUCGCCGUUAAUAGCUGUAAUGAGAUGAUGCCGUGGCUGGGGCCUAUUUCUCCGCUCACUGGCGUGGCUCCGGUGAUGUGAGUUCCUAGAGAGGCGCACCUGUCGCCUCUCCGUCUCCGUCUCACCCCACCCCACCCCGCCACCUCGAGUCGUCACCCCCUUGCCCCCCUCCCGUGGUGGCGAUGGACCGGUGCCGUCACGUGUUCCGCCUGCGCCUGGCGCGAGACCACUCCAUCCUGAACCCGCAGAAGUGGCACUGCGCCGUGUGUAACACCACAGAGUCAGUCUGGGCGUGCCUGAGCUGUGCCCACGUGGCCUGCGGCCGUUACAUUGAAGAGCAUGCGCUGCGCCACUACGAGGAGCAGCACCACCCGCUGGCCCUGGAGGUCAACGAGCUGUACGUCUUCUGCUACGCCUGCGACGACUACGUGCUCAACGACAACGCCACCGGCGACCUCAAGCUGCUCCGCAGCACACUCAGCGCCAUCAAGACGCAGAAGUAUGAGGUCACUACGCGUAGCGGACGCACACUCAGGUCCUCUGCCCUGGGUGCUCUGGUUGGGGACGGGCUCGGCGGAACCCUCCGCGCUCAGGAGCUGCAGCUGCGCGAUGAGGACCGCAUGUUCACCGCCCUCUGGCACCGGCGGCGCGCUCUCAUUGGUCGAGCCUUCCGCAUGUGGCUGGCACAGACGGCAGGCGGCCAGCGGUUGCUGGAGGAGGAGAGGGAGAGAGAGGAGGAGGAGGAAAGGAAGAGGGAGGCGUGUGACAAGAGGCGGACCGUCAAACGGCAGCUGAAGGAGGAACUGGAGAAAGCCCCGCCCAGGAAGAGCAGUCGCCUUCGAAGGCGGAGCCAGAGGACCGUCACCACAGCGACAGGGGAGACGGCGAGGAAGAGGAGAACGAGAUCCAGCCCAGUCCCGGCUGCCACGCCCACGCGAAGCUCUGCCCCUCAACAGCGCUCAGGGACGACGAGGAAAUCGCUACGGCAACGCCGAGCGAAACUCCUCAAGACGCAGACCCCCCCUCCGUCCUCCUCCUCAGUCAAAGCCAAACCCAAACGCAGAGCUCCGCCUAAACGAGCCCCCCCUCCUCCCAGCCUGAAACGGCCGAGGACAACCCCUCCUCCGCCGCCCGCAAAAACGAGCGGCGACUCGCCCAUCAAGCGGCGGCCCACGGUGACCCCUGGCGUCACGGGCCUGCGUAACCUGGGCAACACGUGCUACAUGAACUCCAUCCUGCAGGUGCUGAGCCACCUGCACCUGUUCAGGGAGUGCUUCCUCCGACUGGACCUCAGCCAGGCGUUGGAGCUGCUCGCCUCCGCCGUCAAUGGCAAGCUGGUGGUGAAGGGCCUGGUCUGCCCGGGGGGGUCCCCGCCCAAGAGCCCGCACCAGGGCCCGGGUCGGGGUGGCGGUCUGGGUCUGGUCCGUGGCCGGGGGCUGAGCGGCGGUGCCGCCUCGUCUCGGUCGCGGAGCAUGGAGCUGAUCCAGCCCAAGGAGCCCAGCUCCACGCACCUGUCGCUGUGCCACGAGCUGCACACGCUCUUCCAGGUGAUGUGGUCAGGCAAGUGGGCGCUGGUGUCGCCCUUCGCCAUGCUGCACUCCGUGUGGCAGCUCAUCCCGGCGUUCCGCGGCUACGCGCAGCAGGACGCCCAGGAGUUCCUGUGCGAGCUGCUGGACAAGGUGCAGCGGGAACUGGAGAGCAGCGAGCGCGGCGGAGGGGAAGCGUACACACACGCGUCACUCACGCCGCUCGCAGGAGGAGGAGGAGGAGGAGGAGGAGGCUCGCCCUCGCAGAAGAGGCUGGUCAAGCAGGUGCUGAGUGUGGUCAACACCAUCUUCCACGGGCAGCUACUUAGCCAGGUGACGUGUCUGGCGUGUGACUACCGCUCGAACACGGUGGAGCCGUUCUGGGACCUGUCACUGGAGUUCCCCCAGCGCUACCACAGCAGCAGCAAGGAGCCGCAGGGCCAGUGCCUGCUGACGGAGAUGCUCGCCAAGUUCACCGAGACGGAGGCCCUGGAGGGGAACAUCUACGCCUGCGAACAAUGCAACGCUACAGCUCUUCCCUUCCCAGAUAAGCGCCGGCGAUCCUCAAAAUCAGUGGUGCUGACUGAAGCACAGAAACGGCUCAUGAUCCACAAACUGCCUCAUGUACUACGGCUACACCUCAAGCGCUUCAGGUGGUCAGGGCGUAACCACCGAGAGAAGAUCGGUGUACACGUGACCUUUGACCAGACCUUGAACAUGGAGCCAUACAGCUGCGGAGCCUCUGCCCCGUCUGGCACUCACUUCUUGUACGAGCUGUCUGCCGUGGUGAUGCACCAUGGGAAGGGCUUUGGCUCUGGACAUUACACUGCCUACUGCUAUAACACAGAAGGAGGUUUCUGGGUGCACUGUAACGACUCGAAGAUGAACAUAUGUUCGGUGGAGGAGGUGUGUAAGGCACAGGCCUACAUCCUUUUCUACACACAGCACCUUUCUCAGGACAAAGUCAAGAGUGCCACCUGACCUCUCAACGCAUACACACAAACACAAACACACUCGCGCACACACACACCCUCCAGCCCCCACUGCUCUUGGAAAGACGAACUUAGCAUGAGUGUGUGUGUGUGUGUGUGUGUGUGUGUGUGGUGCAUUUUUUUGUGUAUGUUUUGUACAUGAUGUGUAUAGGUGUUAUUUUAAGUCUUUGUGUUCAGUGCUGAUUUAUAUUGUGUAUAGUUCUUCUGACAGGCCUUUCCAUAUCUCACACACACUUAGGGCAGCUGAGGACAAAGUGUGUAUGUGUGUGAGAGUCUUGAACAAAAUGGGGUGUGUGUGUGUGUGUGUGUGUGU